AUGAAAACUCUGCCUCUUGUGAGUAUUAAGAGUGUUGUGAGAGGCUGUGUUUUACGAUUCCAGGUCCUCUGCCUCGGCCUGCUGGCUUUGGUGCGGCCUGCCGUCCUGGACUCCAGCGAGGAGGACGACGACCCGUUCCAGUUCGCGUACGCCGUGGCCGCGCCCUCUCACGGCACCUACCUCGGCCACCAGGAGACGCGCGACGACGAGGGCCACGUCACGGGCUCCUACUACCUCCUGGGCGCCGACGGGCUGUGGCGCCAGACCGUCUACGCCGACCGCGGCUUCGGCUUCGAGGCGCAGUACGACCAGAGCCCCCUCGACGCGCCGCCGCCGCAGGUCUCCGGAUCAUCCUUCUCGAUCUUCAUUCCGCCUGGCUCCUCCGCCGCCGGCGCGAGGGACACCCAGGCAGUCAUCGGCCAGCCGGUCGCGCUCUCUGCCGCCGGAGGGGCCCAGGCGCCCGCGCCUCUGGCUGCACCUGCUCCUGCACCUGCACCGGCUCCUGCUGCUAUUGAUAUUCGCACCCCGGCCUCUGCUCCAGCCCCCGCUCCUGCCCCUGCCCCUGCCCCUCCGCUGCCGCUGCCCCCGCCCAAGCAACUUUUUCUGCUGCCCCUGCCCCUGCCCCCGCCCCUGCCCAAGCAACUUUCAUUGCUGCCCCUGCCCCUGCCCCCGCCCCUGCCCAAACAACUUUCAUUGCUGCACCUGCCCCUGCCCCCGCCCCUGCCCAAACAACUUUCAUUGCUGCACCUGCCCCUGCCCCCGCCCCUGCCCAAGCAACUUUCAUUGCUACCCCUGCCCCCCGCCCCCGCCCCUGCCCAAACAACUUUCAUUGCUGCACCUGCCCCUGCCCCCGCCCCUGCCCAAGCAACUUUCAUUGCUGCACCUGCCCCUGCCCCCGCCCCCGCCCAAACAACUUUCAUUGCUGCCCCUGCCCCUGCCCCCGCCCCCGCCCAAACAACUUUCAUUGCUGCCCCUGCCCCUGCCCCCGCCCCUGCCCAAACAACUUUCAUUGCUGCACCUGCCCCUGCCCCCGCCCCUGCCCAAGCAACUUUCAUUGCUACCCCUGCCCCCGCCCCCGCCCCUGCCCAAACAACUUUCGUUGCUGCCCCUGCCCCUGCCCCCGCCCCUGCCCAAGCAACUUUCAUUAAUGCCCCUGUCCCCCGCCCCUGCCCCCGCUCCUGCUCCAGGUGGCUUUCACCUAGUUUCACUGCUGCCCCUGCCCCCGUCCCUGCCCUUGCCCAAACAACUUUCUCUGCUGCCCCUGCCCCCGCUCCUGUUUCAUUCCAAGUUCCUGCCCCUGCCCCUGCCCCUGCCCAGGUGUUCUCCGUGGACCUCCCCCGGCGCGCCGAGAACCGCCAGCCAGGGAGAGCCGCCUCCUUCCUCAACGCCCACGCCUCCCCCAUCACCAGGUUCGGAGGGGGCGCAGGGGGGCGUCGCUUCCAGAUAGGGGGCGCGGCCGUUCCCCCUCCCUUCGGCACCAGGCUUAGCUCCUUCAGGAAGUAG